GUGAUUGACAUUGCGUUCAGCCCAACAGACAGCCUGGUGGCAAGCUCGCUGAUCACUGGGCAUGUCUUCAUCCACCACUACGCGGUCGCAGGCAACGAGCGCAAGUACCGGCAGCGGAUCCACAAAAAGUCGUGCCGUUCCGUGUGCUUCAGCGGUGACGGCGCGUCGUUGUAUACGGCAUCCAGGGACCGGUCAUGGCAGACGCUCGAUGUGGCGACGGGGAUGGAGCGCAUGCGCAUUGAGGCAGCGCACGAGAAGCCGCUGAACCUGGUCAAGCACGUGAACGAGCAGAUAGUGGCGACCGGUGACGAGUCGGGGGUGGUGAAGCUGUGGGAUGUGCGGCAGAACAAGGCCGCGUUCAUACACAAGGAGCACGUGGACUACAUCUCCGACAUGGUGUUCAACGAGGCCAAGCGGCAUCUGCUGGUGACCAGCGGUGAUGGGUGUCUGUCGGUGUACGAUACGCGCAAGGCGAAGCCGUUUAUGGUGUCUGAUAACCAGGAGGACGAGCUGCUGUCGGUGGCGGUGAUGAAGGAGGGCAAGAAGGUGGUGGUCGGCGAGACCGACGGCGUGCUGGGGAUUUUCACCUAUGGGCAGUUCAGCGAUGUCACGGAUCGGUUCCCGGGCCAUCCGCAGAGCAUUGAUUCGAUCUGCAAGCUCACUGAGGAUCUGUGCGUGACGGGGUCCAGCGACGGGCUGCUGCGAAUCGUCGAGCUCUUCCCACACAAGCUCGUGGGUGUUGCAGGCGAUCACGAGUCGCUGCCAGUGGAGAAGGUGGUGUUGAGCUACGAUAGGCAGUGGCUGGCAUCAAGCUCGCACGACCAGUCGGUGCAUUUCUGGGACAUUGGCUAUAUCUUCAACGAGGACGGCGAGGAUGAGGACCGGGAAGACCGGGAGGACCGGGAGGAUCAGGAAGAG